GUGGGUCUGUUUGUCCGUCGUUCUUUGCCUGAGCUGGCGCCCGCCUUCCGCUACGCUACGCCUGUCCCACUCGGUCUGGGUUAGGGGGAUUGAGUUCUUGUCGCGAGGCGAGACAUUGCGUGCAUGCAGCUUCCCUCUUUCUCAUCUUGUUGAAUUUGGAACAACGUUGGGGGUCUUGUUCACGCGCUUCGCCUUUCUUGUUGUUUGAACGGUUUCGGUAAUCUGUUUUUGUGUCAGUCGCUUGACGUCGUUUGUUAUUUGGAAAGGUUCUGAAGGAAGAGUGACCUGGCGUCCGGGGUUCUGUCUAUAUUACGGUCUGGUGUUAGCUGCACGAUAAACAAUAAGCGCUAGUGUGUGGCUAUAGCCCUGGGAAUGGCAGCUGCCAUGGUGCCACUGGAAGUGGCAUUGAGCGAUGCAAUUGGUGCACGCGUUCGCAUCAAUACAUCUUCACCCGCACCUUCAACGAUCGAGGGAACCCUCUUUACCGCCUGUCCCAUCACAAACCUUGUCGCCAUCAACACCAAACCAUCCCCGAACCCCGCAGACGCAAAACAAGCCCAAGCCGGCGACUACCGCAUCAUCCCCAUUUCCCGGAUCCAAUCCUUCAACCUCAUCUCUCUUCCCCCAUCGUCGAAUGGCCCCGAUGGCUCCUCUUUCACCGAUGCAGUUCCUCCCGUGCAAGCGCUCGAUAUCCGCGCCCUGAAGACCCGCGAGGCGAAUGCGGUGGGAAAGGCGCAGGAGAGUGAAGCGAAGCGCGGAAAGGGUGUUACGCAGGAUGCGCAAGAUGUGUUUGAUGCGUUUAACCGGACGAUGCCUACGAGAUGGGAUGGAAGUAACAUUAUCGUGGCGGAUGCGGUGUCGAUAACGGCGCCCUACCAGGUUGAUGAUUGUCGGCCGUUGGUGGCUGGUGAUGUGGCAGCGCUCAACCAUGUGCGCAAAGUGCUUGAGAUGGAGCGUAAGAAGAUCGAACUCCGCAACGCCAGUGCGUCGAUUGGCAAGCCCGGCACUCCUAACAACGCUGGCCAGAGGAAGGGCGGUUAAACCCGUCUUGAUUCUGUUACCGCUGAUAACCUGACAUAAAUAACAAAUAUUGAAACUUCUUGUGAAGAAGAGGAUUCGAUACGAUACAGUAUCAUAAUUCUUGGUUGAGUUAGGGUGUCUCAACCAUCGGUUUACCUUUUAGGUGAUUGAUGAGCUGUAUGCAAUAUGGGAGAUGGGCUGGAUAUACUGGAGCUAGCUCUAUCAUCUUCAAGGAUGAUAUUAUGGUUUAGCAUGAAUCGAAUGGAAUAUCAAGCAAUUCUCUAAGUUCAAGAUAUAAACAUGACCAUGAAAAAGAUUUGAUCGAACACUACUGCUAAAUUAAUUAACAUU